AUGGAAGUUAAUGCCCAGGUUGGCGUGGAUGGCGUCAAUUCCAGCCAAAAUGACAUGGAUUUACGGAAGCAGCGCCGUGUGGCGUCCAAAAGGACAAACAAGCCGCUGAUAGAGAAGAGAAGGAGAGCCAGGAUCAACGAGUGCUUGCAGCAGUUAAAGGAGAUCAUAGUCAGGGACCGCCAGUUAGAUAAUGUCCGAGGUAACAGGUUGGAGAAGGCUGACAUCUUGGAAAUGACCGUUGAAUACAUCAGACAGCUCAGCCACGAAG